GUGCCCAACCCAGGCAGGGAACACCUGCUGGCCCAGCUGCUCCUGGAGGCCUCAGGUACGGACGAUCCAGCACAUAUGCCAUUCCGCCCUUGCCGACCCAUCGACGAUCGGUUCGGUACCAUCUCCGCGGACAAGGGGCUGUACUCCGCCAUCUGCGACAGUUGCGUCGGCGAGCCCGUGGAGCCG